CCCAGCUUUCCCUCCGGCUGCGCGUCCCUUCACUCUGGAUCGGCAUAAAUGAAUGAAACACAGGGGAAUAUCGACAGACACUCGCACAGGGAAACUCUCUGUCAAAGCAGCCUGCCAGGAGGAAUUUAUGUCGGGCUUGACAGGCAUAUCAACAUGAGAUUUUUUCUCUGGAACUUCAUCUCCAGCUUGUCAAAUGUGUAAAACGGCGACCGGUGUCUUCUGCCCCCCUCUUGCAAAGGAGUCACGCUGUGAUUAACGGUUAGGUUUUUGACUGCCAGGACAAAUGAAUACAAAUGAAUUUAGGCACCCGAAGGAGAGAUUGCAGAACCUCUCAUCUAGACACAAAGAGAGCCCUAUUGCUCUGUACCGUAUUAUAUUGUACUUGCUACCUGGGACUUUCACAAGUACACCCUGAAGAUGUGGACAUCCUCCAAAAGUUGGGGCUCAAGGGAGAGAAACCGUCGCGCUCGGUGCCAGCAGGGGUCAUUCCAUUCAAAUCGGGGAUCAUCCUCAACCAGCGGGCGCAAAUUGAAUCCCCACUGCGCUCAGUCUUCCCAGCGGCCGUCUGGCCCAGCCUGGCACUGGUGUUGAGUGUGCGCUCGCACCGCGUCAACAGUGCAUUCCUCUUCACCCUGCUCUCAGGCCGAAAGAAGCUCCUUCUCGGCCUGCAGCUCACACCGAGCAACCUGGUCCUCCACACGGGGCCCAACUCCUCGGUGUCACUGCCCUAUGAGCCCCACGAUGGCCAGUGGCACCAGCUGGCGGUGGGAAUUAAUGGACAGAGAGUGACUCUUUAUGCCUCCUGCGGAGAGCAGAGCAUUCAUGCAGACUUUGGGUGGGACAGUGAGGAGGGUUUGGCUCCAGAGCUCCAGGGCUCCUUCCUGCUGGGGCGGACCAGUCAGCAGCAAGCCUCGGCUCACUUUGAAGGAGCCAUCUGCCAGUUUGACCUGGUCCCUUUUGCACAGGCAGCUCACAACUACUGCAGGUACAUUAAGAAACAGUGCAGGGAAGCAGACACAUACAGGCCUAACCUUCCUCCCUUGUUGCCUAUCCUUCCACGAGAAAAAAACGUCACCGCUACCGCUGCUACCCCUAAACGUGGUGGCCUGGAAACGCCCAAGAAGACCACCGGGAACAGCCUGGCCAGGAGUGUCGCUGCUGCUGCAUCAGCUGUAAGAUAUGUGGCCCCCACCCAAACAAUAAAGUCCAGCACUGGGUCCAUUCCUACACCCUUUUUUGGGACAGUGAUGCCAGUUACAGUCCAGCUUGGCUUGGCCUCCCCGCCUCCCAAGGGCAGGACUGAAACUGUCACAGCACCACUUAGGACAAAAGCAACCCCAACAAAUGCGCAAAACCCAAGACCCACCGCCUCUAAAGCUUCAACUCAGAAACCCACCAAACCAACUCCCCCAAAGACCUCCAAGAAGACGGUUGCAGGAACAGACAAGAAGAAACCUAUUUUUCCAGGCACUACCAGCACCAAACCCUCCAAGAUAAAACCUGAUUCUACCCUACCAGACCAAGGUACCGUCCUGAAGAAACCCCAACCAACCACAGCCAAGAAAACACCUCCCAAGCUUAAAGUUACUCCAUCCAAAGCCACUCCGUUCAAACCCAAAAAUAAUCUUUUCAAAGUUGUCCCUUCAAAACCAACAGUCUCCAAAACGACAACUGCUAAGACCUCCAAGCAAGCUACCAAACAGGUCAUCAAACCAACGAAACAAGCCAAAACCACCAAAGCUACAGUCACCGUGCGACCAACCAGACCAUCGGACAACCCAGCAACACCACCUGCUACUGACGGCUUCCUGAGCUGGGAGGUGCCACCUACUCAGUUCUCCAUGCUGGAGGGACUUAUGGGAGAGAAAGGAGAUGCAGGCCCACCGGGACUCCCAGGACCCCCGGGGAAGACAGGCCUGUUGGGCAAAAGGGGUCCAAGGGGCGGCCCCGGUCCCCAUGGAAAUCCCGGCCGAGCUGGUCCACCAGGGCUCAAGGGUAGGAAAGGAGACCCUGGCAUGUCACCUGGGCCAGCACCUAAAGGAGAGAAGGGAGACUCAGGGAUUAUUGGCCCGGUUGGACUGACUGGUCAAGAAGGUCGGAAGGGACAGAAAGGUCACCCUGGUCCACCUGGACUCCCUGGAGAGUCUGGAGAGCAAGGCCCAGUCGGAAGCCCAGGUGCCAAAGGUUAUCCUGGCAGGCAGGGUUUACCAGGGCCUAUAGGACCAAUGGGGCCUAAAGGCGUCCGGGGUUUCAUUGGAAUCCCGGGGCUUUUUGGCCUGCCUGGGCCUGAUGGCGAAAGAGGCAUUCCCGGUGAACCAGGGAAGAGGGGCAAGAUGGGUAGGCCGGGGUUUCCGGGAGACUUUGGGGAGAGAGGACCACCUGGACCAGAUGGAGAACCAGGUGAUCUGGGAGCCCCCGGUCCAAGUGGAGUUCUCGGACUUAUUGGUGAUAUGGGACCUUUGGGAGAGUUGGGCCUUCCAGGACCUAAUGGACUGAAGGGGGUGCCGGGAAAUCCAGGAGAACCAGGACUGAAAGGUGAUAAGGGGGAAGUUGGGAUUCCUGGACAGCAAGGGGAGAUCGGGUACAGAGGAGACAAGGGCAUACAAGGGGCUCCGGGGUUACCAGGCGUCCAUGGAAAACCAGGACCACAGGGGAAGCUGGGAGAGAGAGGCCCUGCUGGAGCAUCUGGACCUCCAGGCCCGGAGGGUUUUCCCGGUGACAUGGGACCACCGGGGGAGAACGGCCUUGAAGGACCAAAGGGAAAGCUGGGGCUCCGAGGUUUACCGGGGCCACGAGGCGUGUCUGGCUUGGAGGGAGACGAGGGCCCGAUCGGACCACCAGGCCCAACAGGACUGGAGGGUAGAAUGGGCAGAAAAGGAUUUCCUGGGAAGGUUGGUCCAGAGGGAGUCAAGGGUGAAACCGGUGUUACAGGGUUAGUCGGAGCCAUGGGAGAAAGGGGUUUGGUGGGUUUCAUCGGACCUGUGGGAGAGGCAGGACUGGCAGGAGAGAAGGGUGAUCGAGGAGCAAUGGGCCAUCCUGGACCUUCUGGAGAAAAGGGAUCACUGGGUCACCCAGGAACACCAGGGGAGACCGGGCCAACCGGACCACCAGGAAGACCAGGCUCUGCUGGAGCUGCAGGCCCCGCCGGUACCAGAGGACCCAAAGGCUUACGGGGAGCGAUAGGGCCCGACGGUCCAACAGGAGAGAUGGGGUUAGAGGGCAAGGCGGGCUCUGAGGGUCCUCCAGGAAAAAUAGGUUUCCCUGGACCACAGGGGAAGAUUGGAGAGCCGGGGGAAACCGGGUUCAAAGGUUUUCCUGGUAUCCAAGGACCCUCAGGACCUCCAGGGGACAAGGGCAUAGCAGGCGAGCCGGGACCAGCAGGGCCACCAGGGACUGUUGGACUGUUGGGAGAAAUGGGUCAAAAGGGUCCUUCUGGAAAGGUGGGGGAACCAGGACUGCCAGGAGAACCAGGUGAAAAGGGGCCUCUUGGACUUGCUGGGAACAUCGGAGAGCAGGGACUGAUCGGACCACGGGGGGAGCCAGGCUUGGAGGGAGAAGCUGGUCAGUCCGGGCCCGAUGGAACCAAGGGUGAAAAGGGCGACAUGGGCCAGGAGGGAGACAAUGGAGAAAAAGGAGAAAUCGGGCUAAAGGGAAAGGAAGGCCCACCUGGAAAUCCUGGACUCAACGGCGUCAGAGGCCCAGAAGGGAAGUCUGGCAAAUUUGGGGAAAAAGGCAAACAAGGAUUCAAGGGUGCCAAAGGUCAUCAAGGUCACCUCGGGGAGACCGGCACGGUGGGGAAGAUCGGGCCGCCAGGUUUUGUCGGGCAGAAAGGGUCCAGAGGAACCAUCGGACACGUGGGCGCUCCUGGUCGAAUGGGUAUACAGGGGGAACCCGGCCUUGCAGGUUAUGAGGGUCAUCAGGGAAAACAGGGCCCCAUAGGGCCUCCAGGACCAAAAGGGGAAAAGGGCGAGCAAGGGGACGAUGGGAAGGUGGAGGGUCCUCAGGGUCCUCCAGGUGACAUAGGCCCUUCAGGUGACAGAGGAGAGAGAGGGGAAUCAGGAGAUCCCGGUUACAAGGGUCAGGUUGGUGUGGACGGGCAGAGAGGCCGGUCUGGAGCUCCUGGAUUACCUGGGCAUGCUGGACCUCGAGGGCAUCAAGGACCCAAAGGGACCAAAGGAGAUCAAGGUCAAAAAGGCAAAAAGGGUCAUUCAGGACAAAAAGGAACCAAAGGACCCGAGGGUUUGGGGGGUCCGUCUGGUCCCAGAGGAGUGGUGGGCCGAGAGGGACUGGAGGGAGCACCCGGGAUGGACGGCAUCCUGGGAAAGGAUGGCAGUAAAGGCAUGCCGGGAGAGCAAGGUGAUGAUGGAGAGGAAGGUGCUACUGGCAAAUCUGGCUCUCGUGGUAAAACUGGUGUCCCAGGACUCCCAGGAGAUCAGGGGACCUUCGGACCAAAGGGUGAGCAGGGUCUUCGUGGACAGAGCGGCCCUCCCGGGAAAAGAGGUUUCAGAGGAGGGAUGGGACUGCCAGGGCUUCAGGGAGACCAUGGCCCAAAAGGACAAACUGGUGAUAUAGGAGAAUCUGGUUUUCCAGGAAUUCUGGGAGUUUUUGGACCAAGGGGGCCUCCAGGAGACUUUGGGCCAAAGGGCACUCGGGGACCAAAGGGGCCACUGGGCUCAGUAGGCAGAUCAGGAGUCGUUGGCCCUAUGGGAAUCAUCGGCCCCAAUGGAAGCGCAGGUCCCAGAGGAGAGAAGGGCAAUCGUGGAGAGACUGGAUUCCAAGGCCCAAGGGGGUCUCCUGGACCUCGUGGACUCCCUGGACUUCCAGGUCGGCCGGGUAUUCCUCAAUCAUUUAAGGAAGAUGGUGUUUUGUUCAUGGAUUCACCUCCUCUCAGGACUGAGAAUAAGCCGGUGAUGGACCUGCCGAUGCUGGACCAGGGCGCAGAGAUCUUCAAGACCCUCCACUACCUCAGUAACCUGAUCCAGAGCCUGAAGAACCCACUGGGCACCCGGGACAACCCUGCACGCAUCUGCAGGGACCUGCACAGCUGUGAACACAAGUUAAACGAUGGCACUUAUUGGAUGGACCCCAACCUGGGCUGCUCCUCAGACACAAUAGAAGUGUCCUGCAACUUCACCGGCGGUGGACAGACCUGCCUAAAACCAAUCACAGUUUCCAAGCCAGCGAUCAGCAUGUGUCGUGUCCAGAUGAACUUCCUGCACCUGCUGAGUUCCGAGGCAAAGCAGCACAUCAUCGUUCACUGCCUCAAUUUCUCCGUCUGGAGGACAGCGGAGAACCAGCCGGCUUCCCAGGGCUCAGUCAGAUUCAAGGCCUGGACCGGGGAGGUGUUCGAGGCGGGAGGAGAGCUCGAGCCUGAAGUCCUAGAAGAUUCCUGCUGGAUAAAAGAUGGCCGCUGGCACCAAACCCAUUUUGUGUUCCACUCUGUGGACCCCUCCCUACUCCCUGUGGUGGACAUCUACAACCUCCCCGAGACUACACCUGGCUCACAUUACCACCUGGAAGUCAGUCCUGUUUGCUUCCUGUGAGGUCGGCCAUGUUUGUCCUCUGAUCAUGGAGGGGGACGGAUCAUCACCCCCGAGGUGACACCCUCAUGCGGGCGUGGAGAUCGGAGCAGCCUCCUCCAACCCAUGGCAAAUCAACCCAAGCGAGUACAAGCCUCCCCUCCAAACAGAUCGCGCUUCACUCUUCCAAACUCCCGUUGGACUGCAGACUCAGAGGGAGGAAGCCGGGGGGGACAGAAGAGCUGGGGAGGAGAGGGGAGUUCUUGCACUAAAAGCAACUAAAAGCUUCUCUGUUUGGCAAAAGCUUAUUCAAGCUCUUCAGGAAGAAUCUCCAUAAGUGCGCCGGCGUGGAGAAAUAAAGGCUCCACGCCUCACAAUCUCUCGAGAACAUUGCUAAGUGAAGGGAGACCAAGGCCAAGUUAAUCUGCGGACAUUAUAAUAACUUAUUUUUUUAACUGUAUGCAUUUUCUUUUGGAAAUACCAGGAAUUAUAUUCAGUUAAGAGAGAAUAAUUAAAGUAAUUGGGAUCAGUUAAAUGUACAUAUAUAUAAGAAUGCUUAUUAUUAACUUUUAUACAUGUAUAUCUUAUGUAAAGAAAUAAUCUUCAAGUGCAAUAGAAAAUUAGAAGAUAAUUUGAUAUUUUAAACUUAUAUGGAAGGAUUUUUUCAGGGGUGCCAUUUUUUUACUUGCCUUAGGUGCUCAUCAUGAUCUUGCCAACGUGAAUUAAUCCAGAGGCAUGAGCAUGGAAUCACAUCUGUAUUUACUGGUGCUCCGAAACGGGACACCAUGGCUUUUAUUUACAUCCUAAAUGUAGGUAAAAAAAUUGUCAGCUCUCAGUAACAUCGUCUGAUGAAACGCUAAUGGACACAAACAUUAAAGUGAGUGCAUUUAAUACUUGUUGCUUUUCAGUCAUACAUUAUUGAACCGGAUGCCACUGAUGAUUAUGGGAAUUGUGGAGGUAAUACAAUUAAAAUGAAAGAGCUCUAGUUCUAAAUAGUGUUUUAUUAAUCUCUCUACAACCGUGGAGUAUCUGUUCCUGGCUUAUAAUAGGAGAUAGGAGUUAUUAUAUGCUCCGCACCACAUGGGACCAGGAGUCUCUUUUUCUCGCAUACUUUAAAUAGACAGACUUAGAGGAGUUUUGAGCCACAGGAGAGAGGAGAGAGGGUCCAUUAAUCAAAAUAAAAACUUUGUCUUCUAUCUAAUCCUCUCUCUAAUGCAUGGUGCUAAGUAAAUGAUCUAAGGUGCUAACCAUAGUGCUGUAAUAACACCACUUUGCUGAAAUAUUCUGUUGUUCAUAGUGCAUGCUUGCUUGGAUAAAAUAAACAAAUAUAAUAUAUUGCCAUAGCUUCCAUAAUGCACUAUAAUGCUAAAACCCCACCCCAAACAAAGUAGUUCCCUCAUGUUGUUCAAUGCUGCAGAUACCAACAUGCUUCUUCUGAUUGAACAUAUUCUAGAAUUAACUAUAAAAAUGAAAAGAAUACUCCUUUUGUAUCCAGUAUAAAUCACAGGGUUUGAAGUAUUUUUUUUAGGCAUAACAUUUUGCUCUGUACAAAGCCCCCCCUCAGUUGUAUGUAAUAUUUUUUUACAAACACAACUAGUGAAAAUAGUCUUGAUUAAAUAAAGUUGCUUUGUUUAGCUGGACACAAGUGUGUAUACUUGUUCAAAGCUUGCUGUAUACAGUGGACCCCCUCUUGAUAAUUUAAUGUUAUUUAAUGUUGUUAACGUUCUGUUGGUUAAAGCAAUACUACUCUUUCUGACAACUUUAUAUAUCAGUUUGCCCAACUGGUUUUGGAGUUUAUAGAUGUUUUAUGUGUAAAUUUGGGGCUCCAGAGAACAAAUUUAUUGCAAUGUUAAUUAUCUUUUAUUUUUUUAUUUUUUUGUUAUUUUGCUUUAUGUUGUUUUUUCCUCUAUGAUAAUCAACCAUGUACUGUAUCAGGACUCUGCUUUAAUAUAACUUGUGUUUUAAAGAAUUGUGCAAAUAUGUGAAAAGUGUUUCUUCUUUUUGUAAAUCUGUUGUAGACAAUAAAACGAGCUAAGAAUACCUCACAUUUUUACAUAAAGAUUUUCUGUUGCCGUUCUCAUGUAAUGCCUGUUUGGAAAUAUCUGCCAAAAACCGUUAGUCAUCAAAACUCUGAACUAUGGUGCCAACAUCCUUUAUCUGUCUACUGUUUAUAAAUUGUCCAGUGUCCAUUUGUUCAAUAAAUACAAUCAAUUUGA